AAGUAUAAUCAGAUAUCAGCUGUGCCGUGUUGUUUAUCAAAAUAAUAACUUGAUUAUUGAAUCUUACAUUGUUAUUCCAGUUCGUGAAUUUUCUGGAAUUGUAAAGUUCUAAAAAUGUCACUGUGGCCCUCCAGCCAAAAUUUGUUCGGUGAUGAAGUGGUUUUACGAUCGAUAGAUUGGCUUGAAAACUUCCCAUGGCGAAAUGAGAGUUCCGUAAAUGCAGAAAGAGAUAAGUUUGAAAUUUGUAUGCGUUUGAAUGAUUUUAAACCUGAAGAUAUAUCAAUAAAGACGGCGGAUGGAUACAUUGUAGUUCAAGGUCAACAUGAAGAAAAGAAAGAUGAGUAUGGAUUUGUUUCGAGGCAAUUUGUGCGGCGGUAUGCUUUGCCUGAAGGAUGUCUGCCAGAAAGUGUGGAGUCAAAAGUCUCUCCGAAUGGAAUUCUUACUAUAACAGCAGCAAGACAGCCUGUUAUAAAACGUGAUAUUGUUAUACCUGUCUCUCACGAGGGCUCGAGUAAUCCUAAAUCAAAAUUGUAAACUUUACUUUUGGUUUAAUUGGUAAAAGAUAAACUUACAAACUUUUGGUGAUAUUGUUGUUUUUGGCAGAUAUGUUAUUUUAUUUUUAUGCAUUUGUU